CAAAAUCAAAGUCCCAGAAAACACCGAUCCGCAUUUAUAUAUUUUGUGGUCCACCCGGACUCCUUGUGAUUUCCCACCUUUUUCUUGCGUGUCAAGUCCCCAUUCCCUAGCAACCUCCUCUCCCCAUUCACAUGAACCCUACGCAACCCCACCACCCAAAAUCCCAAAUCCUCCAAUCCCCAAUUUUAACCCAAUUCUAAUCCCAUUGGAUUGUGAAUUGCUUACCGUCCAAUCCAAGCUCCCAGAUGAUUCAAAUACACAGAUAUUGAAAUUGGUUUAGGUCUGUGCUCAGAGAGAGGUAUUUGAUCAGAGGGAGAUGUGAUUCAAUUCUAGGGCUUUCGUGGCGGUUCGGGAAUGGUCAGAGAUGACUCGAGGAGGAGGAGGAGGAGGAGACGGGGAAGCCGUUGCGGCGGUGGCGGUGGUGGACCCUCAGGCGGUGGUGGCGGUGAAGAAGAAGUCGUCUCGGAGCUGGGUUUUGCUGGACGCGACGGGACAAGCGACGGUGUUGGAUGUGGACAAGUAUGCGAUCAUGCACAGAGUCCACAUUCACGCUCGGGAUCUCCGCAUUGUCGACCCUCUGCUCUCUUACCCUUCCGCCAUUCUCGGACGUGACAGGGCUAUUGUUCUCAAUCUGGAGCAUAUUAAAGCGAUAAUUACUGCUGAAGAGGUGCUGCUUCGGGAUCCGUUGGAUGAAAAUGUUAUUCCUGUUGUUGAAGAGCUUCAAAGACGGUUGCCUCCUGUUAAUUCCAAUCGUGAAAAUCAAACAGAUGGAAGAGAGUUCCCUGCUGGGCACAAUGAUGUUGACGCUGGUGAAGAAGAUGAGUCUCCAUUUGAAUUCCGGGCCUUGGAGGUAGCCUUGGAAGCAAUUUGUAGUUUUCUUGCUGCACGUACAACAGAACUGGAGACUGCUGCUUAUCCGGCUCUAGAUGAGCUUACCUCUAAGAUUAGUAGUCGCAAUUUGGAUAGGGUUCGUAAAUUGAAAAGUGCAAUGACAAGGUUGACUGCACGGGUCCAAAAGGUGAGGGAUGAGCUCGAGCAGCUGCUGGAUGAUGAUGAUGAUAUGGCCGACCUUUACUUGUCAAGAAAGUUGGUGGGUGCAUGUUCACCAGUUAGUGCCUCUGGUCCUCCCAAUUGGUAUCCUGCCUCCCCUACCAUAGGCUCAAAAAUAUCACGGGCAAGUAGAGCAAGUAUGAUAACUGUUCGUGGAGAUGAGAAUGACGUUGAGGAACUUGAAAUGUUACUGGAGGCUUACUUUAUGCAGAUUGAUGGCACCUUGAACAAGUUAGCUACGCUGCGUGAAUAUAUUGAUGAUACGGAGGAUUACAUAAAUAUUCAGCUUGAUAACCAUAGGAAUCAGUUAAUUCAGCUUGAGCUUUUUCUUAGUUCUGGAACUGUUAGCUUAUCCGUAUAUUCUUUGGUGGCUGGAAUUUUUGGCAUGAAUAUCCCAUAUACGUGGAACGAUGGUCAUGGAUACAUGUUUAAAUGGGUUUGCAUUGUCACCGGAAUAGUAUGUUUCUUUGUUUUCAUAGUAAUUGUAGCAUAUGCUCGCCACAAAGGGUUGGUUGGAUCGUGAACUUCAUAAAUAAAAUUUUUGCUGAUAGCAAGGAGUCCAAGAUUUAUUGUUUAGAUCUUGUCGUGUGGAUGAACAUAAAAUUAGGUGUCGAGGCUUUCAGGUAAUGAAGGAAUUAUAAUCUCUUCCAGAGUUAUGGUAAUACUGCCCAUAAUUGCUUCUGUGGUUAACAAGGCCCAGUCUGACUAAGGAUGUGGCAAAUUUUUAUGAUUGUUGACAACCUUAUUAACAAGAUUCGCUGGACAACACUGGCUGUAAAACAAUUCUUCUGUUAUUAAUUUCUUGAUUUUAGUCCA